AUGUCUGAUGUGCUGGGUAAGAGCAGCCUCCUGUCAUCGUGUGGGCGGCAGUUAGCCAUCUGUGGGUCUCGCGGGGGAGCCGACGGCAACCGCUGCCUCGCCGGCCUCUGUUUCGGGCGGUCGCCUCAGACUGUCGAGUCUUUGAGGUUCUCCUCUGGCUGUGACUUCCAUGGGACGGCGGUGGUCCAAAAGAAGAACUGGGGGAAACCCGCGAAAGCUUCCCAACAAGCAGCUGUACCCGUACAGGUACUACAGACCUCAAAUCCGAAAAUCCCUAAUCUAUGGUGCUCUAUUUUGAUGUUAUUGUGGAGGAAGAACCCGCUCCGUGCUUCGUUUUCUUCUUUUUUUUCCGCCUUGCUUUCGAUCUAGGGCUUUUAAAUCAACUAUUAUGGGGUCAGUCUAUUUCCCCCUUCCUCUCUUUAUUAAUUUAAUCGAUCAGAACCUUAGAUGCGAUCGGAGCCCUCAUAAGAAUUUCUACUAUUAGAUUUGAUCGGUGUUUCUGAUUCUUCCCUUGUUGUCGCAGAUGACCCUCAGCAUCGGGAAGGCCAUGAAGUGGUGGGAGAAGGGCCUCCAGCCUAACAUGAAGGAGAUCAGUUCAGCACAGGAUCUCGUAGAUUCCUUGACGAACGCUGGGAACCAGCUUGUGAUCGUAGACUUCUUCUCUCCUGGCUGUGCUGGCUGCAAAGCUCUCCAUCCUAAGGUACGCACUCGUUAAACGCCAUCAAUUUCUUCAGAUUUGAUCGUAUUCGAGAUUCCCUUGUUGAUCUGUUUUGGUAUCUGCAGAUCUGCCAGUUUGCAGAGAAGAAUCCGGACGUUCAAUUUCUCCAAAUAAACUACGAGAAGCAUAAAUCUAUGUGCUAUAGCUUGAACGUCCACGUCCUCCCCUUUUUUAGGUUCUACAGGGGAGCUCAAGGACGCCUCUGCAGCUUUAGCUGCACCAACGCCACCGUAAGCUUCCCUUCCCUUCCCUUCCCUUCCCUGCCCUGCCCUGCCCUGCCCUGUCCUGUGUUUCUUUCUCAACGGAUUAGAAAUUUAACCCUGUUCAGCCAUGGGUUCUGGUCAGAUUCCCAUGUUUGGGUAUCCGUGAUUUAGGCAAGGAAAAUAUCGUCCCCAGAUCUUGCCCGUGUUAUUGUUGUUUUAUUUCUUUCUUUUUUCGGGGAUGGGCUUCAGUUUGCAGACAAUAUCUCCUUCGGAAACAAUUAUAUAUUUCCCGAAACUGGUUCAAGAUUAAAAAUCUCUUUUUGGAAAGUUUUCUUCUUCCUGUGUCUGGGUUUUGACUUCGGACGCUCUCAUUUUUCAGAUUAAGAAGUUUAAGGAUGCGAUGGCGAAGCACGGCACCGAAAGAUGCAGCCUUGGGCCUGCGAAGGGGCUGGAGGAGUCGGAACUCCUGGCUCUGGCCGGAAACAAGGAUCUCUCCUUCACCUACACGGGCAGAUCGGAGCCGGAGCUGGAGCCUGUUCCUGGGCUAGUGAAGGAAGCCUCGCCACCGCCGCCACCUGCUCCAAAACCCACUUUCGCCGGCGCCGCCCAAGACUCAUCAGAGAAGCCCGUCGUCGCCGCAUGGAGAUGA